AUGUAUAAUGCAGGCAGUGAGCGCGAUUCUUUAAUGUUGACAUUUGAUGGCGUGGAUGUACAGGGCGACAGUCAGAAUGUAAGGUUGCCAUUGCCAAUAGGAGAAUACUGUUGUGUUUUUCAGGUUAAAUCUGUCAUAAGGAGUUACCCAAGUGUUCAGAAGAUAUCUUUUGUUGGUCAUUCAUUAGGUGGCCUUGUAGCAAGGUACGCCAUUUCACAGCUUUUUGAACAAGAUCUCAGUCAAGAAAACUCCCAAACAACUGGAGAUUGUAGCACUGAUCAUUUGGGAGAUUCAUUGCCUGAAGGGAAACUCAAAGGUAAAAUUGCUGGACUAGAGCCCAUGAAUUCCAUAACACUCGCAAGUCCACACAUUGGUUCUCGGUGGCAUAGACAGAUUCCAUUAUUUCAUGGCUCCCAUGUACUGGAAAAAGUUGCUGCUCGCACAUCAUGGUUUCUUGGUAGAACUGGGAAACAUUUGUUUUUGGCUGAUGGAAAAGAUGGAAAACCUCCUCUUCUUCUGCGGAUGGUCAGUGAUUCUGAAGAUCUUAAAUUUAUGUCUGCUUUGCUGUCCUUCAGGCGUCGUGUUGUUUACGCAAGUGCAAGUUUUGAUCAUAUUGUUGGGUGGAGUACCUCUUCCUUAAGACGUCGAGAUGAGCUUCCAAAGAUUAAACAUCUUCCAAGAGGUGACAACUACCCACACGUUGUAAACGUGGAGACAGGAAAGACUGAUACUCUUGAUGAAGUCCCUAUGGAUGCCAAAAUCAAUGGAACUGAGAAGAUGAACAUGGAAGAAGAAAUUAUCAGAGGUUUAACAAAAAUGAGCUGGGAACGUGUUGAUGUUUACUUCAAAGGAAGCAGACAAAGACUUCUUGCACAUCUUUCCAUUCAGGUGAGAAACUAUUGGGUUAAUUCUGAUGGAGCUGAUGUAGUCCAACACAUGAUCGACACUUUUCUUUUGUGAAGGUUUUUAUUACUAUACGUAAAUCGCGAAUAGCUCUAUGCUCCAGGCUGGAGGCUGGAACUCCGAAGAUUAAUUUACUUUUGCAGGUUUUGAAAGUGGGGUGUCGUUGACAAUUCAGGGGCAGAUGUACAUGACUCUCUA